ACAUAUUACCUGGUAUGAAAUCGAUUUAAAUAAAUAAGCGAGCCGUUUCAAAGAUAGCUUUAAAAAGGUCUAUGUCAGAAUUGCUUUUUCCUUUAAAACAUAAAGGAAUUAACUUCCACCCCCACCGCUUCUUGUCCAAUAGCUAUGGGCCCCUUGCCUCCACCUAAGACAAUAAUACUCUUGGACCAGCGCCUAGUUUCAAGCCAUGACCCUACAUAAGUGAUAAGACGCCUAGAUGGCGGCGUCGUCAUCGUAAUUUUUAAAUUGCCUCGGUAGGACAGUUCCGUACCUAACUCAUUAUCACAAUGGCGGAUCUUACCAUACGCAACCUUACAUCCACUCCGCUGGAGCUGAAGCUCGUGGAACGGUUUGAAGGCCAACCCACAUCCGGCCGCUCGACACCGAGGAGUCACAUCGGUAAGAUCACCGGGCUUUUCAACUCUUCCUCUGUCGCACCGAAUGUCCGCAUCCAGGGCGAUGCGAGGGACCGUCGCGAUGUAUCCUUUACCAUGGGUCCUUUUGAAACUCGCGGUACCGAUGUUCGCACAGCGGAUCCCGGCCGGGAGGUUAUCCGCCUGACUUUCGAAUCCGAGGGGCAUCGGUACCAAGUCGACGUACCUAGUUCUUCGCAGCGCAGCACGGUCAUGACGAAGCUGGAUAAUGGUCCGAACGAAUACACGACUAUCUACGUUCAAAGUGGUAGUUGUCUCAGCAUUUUCAGCUCCGCCAACCUACCAAGCUGGAUGCGCGAACUGCGCGACGAGUAUCCCCUAUCAGCACUGUCUAUACCUGGCACACACAACAGCCCAACAUGUCAUGUCGCACUACCCUCAGUCCGAUGUCAGGCGGUGAACGUGCGAGAGCAAUUAGAGAACGGAGUGCGAUUUUUCGACAUCCGGGUGAAUGUUAACUCCGACUCUUCGGAGUUGGCGCUCGUGCACAGUGCAUUCCCGAUCUCGCUCACGGGUACUAAGUACUUCAAGGAUAUGCUUGAUGUUAUCUAUUCAUUCUUAGAUGCCAACCCAUCUGAGACGCUUAUUAUGAGUGUAAAACGUGAGGGGACUGGUAAAGGCACCGAUCACCAAUUAUCUAAGAUUCUAAAGGAUCGUUAUUAUGAGGAUGGAAGACGAUGGUAUACGGAGCCGCGGAUUCCGAGGAUUGGCGAGGCACGAGGGAAAAUUGUGCUGCUGCGCCGACAUGCGAAUGACCCUAGUUUGAAUAGUGAAUGGGGUGGUCGGGGAUGGGGGCUUGAUGGUAGCGUCUGGCCGGAUAACUGCGAAGAUGGGUUAGUUGGGAGUGGCAUUGCCCGCGUGCAAGACUUUUACGAAAUUGACCAGAGCCACAACAUUCAGAAGAAAAUCGAUUUAGCACGUGGUCAUCUAGAAAGGGCAGCCGAACCGGUGUGCAUCCUCCCGGGCGCGGAGGGACACAAAGACGGAGCACCACCGCAGCCGUUCUUCAUUAACUUCUUAAGUGCUAGCAAUUUUUUCAAUACCAAUUGCUGGCCCGAGAAGAUAGCGGCGAAGGCAAACCCGGCUAUCAUUGAGUAUCUAUGUUUACGGCAUGGAGAAGAUGGUAAGGGGCCAGCUGGGUUGAAGCUGGGCGAUGGGAGCACCGGAGUUGUGGUUACGGAUUGGGUAGGACAAGAUGGUGAUUGGGAUCUGAUUAGAUGCAUUGUGGGUUGGAAUGCGAGGUUAAAGCUGAAGCAAUAAAUGGUUCCGGUUUGUCUUGGAUACACCAGACUAGAAUACGGUAUAUCAGUAGAGUAGAUCUGAUUGAUAAGGACUCCUGAAAAGAAAACAUAGAAUCGUAUUGGUAUCACAAAAUUUAAAUUAAUCUCAAGAAA